UUUCCUCUCUCCCCACAGCAAGAACAGUCUCUCGUUCGCUCCUCCCCCUGGCGUCUCUUCCUCUGGGAGUGUCUCUGCCUUUGUCUGUGGGGGGGUUUCUCCCAGUUCUCACACAGCUGCACAGACACGACACGAGAGACAGUGUCCCCGACUCACAGUCUGGAGAUGUCUGAAUUACAAGAAGUUCAAAUCACAGAGGACAAUCCUCUUCUCCAAGACCCUCUGAAGGCAGCCGAACUUGCUGCGAAAUUACUUCAAGUGCAAGAGCAGAAGCACUCUAUUGAGACUCCCUAUGGGGUGGUGACAGUCACGAUUCAGGGCACCCCAAAACCCAAGAGGCCUGCGAUUGUAACAUUCCAUGAUGUGGGGAUGGACCAUAAGAUGUGCUUUGAUACGCUGUUUAAGUAUGAGGAUAUGUGUGAGAUUGUGAAGAAUUUUGUAGUGUGCCACAUUGAUGCUCCAGGACAGGAAGAUGGGGCUGCGGCCUAUCCUCCAGGGUAUCAAUACCCAUCCCUUGAUCAGAUGGCUGAGACCAUCCCGUGUGUGCUGCAGUACCUGAACUUUCCCAGUAUUAUCGGAAUUGGGGUUGGUGCUGGAGCUUAUAUUCUUGCCAAAUACACGCUUGCUCAUGCUAACACAGUGGAAGGUUUAGUCCUCAUUAAUAUUGACCCCAAUGCCAAAGGCUGGAUGGACUGGGCAGCACAAAAGCUGACAGGGCUAACACAAUCCAUCUCUGAUGUGAUGCUCGGUCAUCUCUUCAGUGCAGAAGAAAUAUCCGGAAAUUCUGAUGUUGUGCGCCAGUACAAAGCAUCCAUUUUAAACUCCCCUCUAAUUAGUAAUUACCAGCUAUACUGGAACAGUUACAACAGCCGACGGGACCUGAACCUAGAGCGUGGAGGGGGUGUCACUCUAAAGUGUCCUGUGAUGCUUGUUGUUGGUGACCAAGCUCCCCAUGAGGAUGCAGUGGUGGAAUGUAACUCAAAACUGGAUCCAACACAGACCUCAUUCCUGAAGAUGGCAGAUUCUGGUGGACAGCCUCAGAUAACACAGCCUGGAAAAUUGACUGAAGCAUUCAAAUAUUUUGUGCAGGGCAUGGGAUACAUCCCCCACAUUCUGGAUAAGAAGCGCAGUAUGGGUGGCUUCCUCAUGUAUGACUCGUCUGUCUCGCUCUCGCACCGCCUCUCUCUCCAGCGAGGGGAAUCGCUCACGUUCUCGCACCCAGUCCCAGAGCAGCGAGUCGGGGGGAGGACCUCCAGCUCCCCUGGCGGAAGUGACCUGCUGAAGGGCCGUGAACCUGGCGACCUGUGAUCGCCUCCCCUUCCCACACCCUGCCUGACCUCUGUCUGAGGGGAAAGAGCAUUUUUAUCUGUCCUGUUGGGGGCGGAGUUAAUAAUGCUAAUUAGUUACACUAAAAACAAACCCAGAAGUCACAUGUGAGAUAAUUUAGAUGUCUUUAUCUGUCUGUUCUUAUUUUAACUGCUUUCUUCCCUUUAGUUUAGACUGGCUUAUUUUCUCCCUUAUAUAGAGUUGUCUUUCUUUGAUAUAUCUCUACAUUUUCAAUUUUCUUUUGUGUAUUCCUGAUUAUUGAUCACCCCUUUCUUACUCUCCACCAGACAAACUACUGGGCAGCUUGAGACAGCUCCUCACAUGUGACUUUGCCUUUUGCCACUAAAUUGUUCUCAAUAACCUGACUGGCUUCUUUGCUCUCCCUGCCAUGUAUAUAAUGAUAGGUUGUAACGUGGGGAUAACAUGACAUCCUAAUUCUGUCUGAUAGUCACUCAUACUUUGUGACCAAGAGAGUCAAUGGGGAAGUCAGAGUUGUGGGGAGGAGGGGAGAAAUGCUAUAGGUACAACCACUGGAAAACUUCUUAUAGGGCAAAUGUUAUGAUUUGAGGUUACUGUAAGCUGGUAACAGAAUGCAGUUCUCCGUUACAAAGAGGUACUAUUAAGCAACUAUGAGCAAAUUUGUGCUGUUAUCUUUAAAUAGUUCUCACGUCCUUCAGCUUGCUUUGAUUGGCUCCACAAUGCAGUCACAGUCCCUCAGGGUUACAAACAUGAGUCUUAGUGGGAGGGUUAAAGAGUAUUUGCAGGCAUUUUAAGUAAUAUGUAGGUACAAGCUAGGGUGUGUGGAGGAAAGGAGAAAGUUAAUAUGGUUUCUGUAUCUCCCCAAGUAACCUCCACCUUCUGGUAAGGGCAGUCAGCUUCCCAUUCUUACAGAGAUGUCAUUGUAAUUGCAGAAGUUGGGUGUGUGGGGGCUGGUGGAGGUACCAGUCAGUCACUGAGCAAGUGAAACAAUAAGAAUAAUGGCAAGACCAAAUGUUCUGUGAUUUGCCUCAAAGCUGCCUUUCCAGACUAUUUACAGGCAGAAAGAGGGUUCAUUGUGGGCUGCUUGCAAACUCAUUGCUUCCCAUUAAGUAUCUUCCCAAGUUCUAAGUAAGUUUGAUACUGGACAACUGGUCAUUUAUGUUUGUCAUUUUGUCUCAUUGUUCCUGCGAACACCAUUUGCUGCUUUUGCUCCAAAUUUAUGCUGCUGUGCCAAUGCUAUUGCUCCAUUUACAGAUCUUUUUAUGCCAAUAACUGUUACUUUAUACAGUGGACCCCUAUAAUUCCUCCUGUUCCCUCCAUAUAACAUCUGCCCAUAAAGGAUUGAAAUAUGUGUAAACUUGCAUAUAGCCUGUACUUAGAAUUCCUCCCAAUCUAUAUUGUGGCUUUCUGUAACCUGUAUUGCUUCAUGUAAUCCGUUUCCAAAAUCCCAGUGCAAAUAUCCACUUGUCGUGUUUGUAGAGCUCUUCCUAAAAAUCAUCCCAAGUCCCCACUGACUCUUAACUGUAGACCCACCUGUUGCUUGACAUACUGUCCCCAUUCAUCCUGUUGCUUCAUAUAUAUAAGCUUUAUAACCUCAAUAACAGGCUUGGUUGGAAGGCACCAUAGGUCUAGUAAAAUUAUGUUUCUGUACCUAAGUAGAUACAGCUUUGAGUGCAGUUAUGAGUCAGAUCCAGUAUAGUGCUCUGUUCAUAGAGGAUCUCUUCUGCAUCACCUGGGAUAUUUGGAUGGUGGCUGUAUAGGCUAGGGGCUCCCUGUGUAGGAUUCUUUUUGUUCUCUUCUAUUUUUCUUUGUUAGUUUUUUUUUUCCUGAAACUGAAAAAUAAAAUGUUAAAUGACA